AUGACAAGCGUCGCUUCGGAGCCACUUUCAAGCCAGAAACGAUGGAUUGUGAUUUAUCCGGCCUACAUCGAUAAGAAAAAGACCGCAAAGCAGGGACGCAAGAUUUCACAGAUUUUAGCCGUCGAAAAUCCGACUUCAGUGGAAAUUCACGAUGUGCUCGCCGCCGUCGGCUUUAAUCCGCUUUUGGAGCGAACAAAGUGCUAUCCACGUGACGGAGAGCGGGAUUUUGAAGUUCAGGGCCGUGUACGGGUUCAAUUGAAGAAUGACGAUGGAACUGCCAAGCAUGAGCAGAAAACUAGAGACGAAAUCUUCAAAAUGGUGGCUGAAAUGAUUCCAAAGCUGAAAACUCGUCAACCAGGCUACACAGCUCCAUCUGUCGCCUCAAGCUCCGCCGCCGCCGCUGGAAAGAAGAACAAGAAGAAGAAGUAGAGAUGGCUAAAUUAUUUGUUUUUUUUUUUUUUGAAAUUUUAAAUUAUUUUCCGUAAUAUGUAAAGUUUUUCUAUU